UUCAUCUUCAACACUGCAUCUAUUAUUUUAGCAUUUCAAAGCCAACAAACUUUUUUUCUGUCAGAUGUUUUGAUUGUAAAGUGUGUUUGAGCAUCUGCUAUAUAUUUGGGAAUUUAAUGCAUGAGAAAGGAUAGAAAGAAAUCAGUGCAAUUUACAUAAUCAGAAAGAAAAACCUGCUCUAAAAAUGUUCUUAAUGAUCACCCUACAUAUAGGUACUAUCCUCAGUACUCUGAAUGGAUGGAUGUGUUGUGGAAUAUAUGCAGCUCCACCCACCUCUGCUUAUACAGCCAAGAUCAGGAGGUGUUUCAAGGUAAAACUGUUAGUAAUGAGCUCCUAGAGUGAGGAGGACAGUGUCAUAGUACACGCGUGCUGCCUACUACAGCAUGUGCACUUACACUAAAGCGCGCAGCCCGUGAAGACGGUGAUCAGAUGCUCCGGACUGUGAGUGUGAGAGUUUGGAUGAUGCCGCCGGCUGUGCCGCUGACGCUUGUCUGCGCGAUGCUGUGCGUCUCCACAUGCGUCGCGUUGUGUCCGCCGCGCUGCGAGUGCUCUGAAAGUCAACAUACGGUGCGCUGCGCGUCUGUCGAGCUGUUCCGUAUCCCAGCCGCGAUCCCGAGCGACACAAGCAGCCUAAUCAUCACCGGAAACACGAUUCCCAGACUCGAUCACAGCGCGUUCAACGGAUUGCAGAAUGUCACCCACCUGAACCUAAGCAAUAAUGGCAUUAUGGAGGUUGGAUCGCAUGCAUUCUCCUCUCUGCACAUGCUGCGUUCUUUAAUCCUGAACAACAACCAGCUGGUGCUCAUCCAUCCAGAGGCGUUCUCCGUGCCUGGAAGCCCCCUGCAGGAGCUUAGCCUCCGCUCGUCUCUCUUCAACUACACAUCUCUGACUGACCUCAUCACCGCCCUGCGCUGGGGCGAGCUCACAAAUCUGCUGCGUCUCGACCUGUCGGGCAACCGCCUUGUCCUCUUACCCCCGGGGAUGUUCGCUCCUCUGCCGAACCUGCAGCAUCUAAAUCUGAACAACAACUCUCUGGUGGCCGUCUACAACAGCACUUUCUCUGGUAUUGAUCAACUUUUGGAGCUGGACUUGACCAGAAAUGCGUUUAGAACUAUCAACGAUGAGGGUCUUCACGAGUUGGAGCGACUCGGUCGGGUCCGUCUGCUGUUGGGUCAGAAUCCUUACGUGUGCACGUGUGAAGCGCAAGAGUUUGCGAAUUGGCUAAAUAGUUCAAAGGUCAGGGUGGGCGAUGCGGACAGGCUGUAUUGCGAGUUCCCUGCAGCGCUGCGUGACGUGUCUUUGCGGGUUCUCAGCGCACAAGCGUUGGGGUGUUACGGUAAACCGUAUGAAGAGAUUACCAACUUGUCCCUACAUACUUCCUACGUGUUCCUUGGAUUAGUGCUGGGAUUCGUUGGCAUGGUCUUUCUACUUGUCGUCUACCUCAACAGAAAGGGUAUCAAGAAAUGGAUCACAGACAUACAUGAAGCAUGCCGAGAUGUGCUGGAGGGGUAUCAUUACCGUUAUGAAAUUGACUCUGACCCACGACUGGGCCAUGUUCCAAACAUUAACCAGGGUCGGCCUCGAAAUGACCCGCAUUUGGGGCACAUCCCUUCUGACGCCCGUAUCACACAGAUGCCGUCGGAUGUGACACUAUAACUGGACUGCAAAGUGCUGCACAAUGAACCCAUUUUUUAUUGAAAUGUUUAUAGAUAUUAUGUCCUGAUAUUUCAGUCUGUAGCAAAGUGGAAAAAUCAUGGAAAAUUAUUUGUCAUUGAGACUAGUGGUCAGCAGAUAUUAUUAACUAGAGAGAUGGCUGGCUGAUGGCUUAUGUAAUGCCAAUUUAUGCAUGAUGUAGGCUAAUACAAUAUAUAUUUGAUAUAUACAGUAUAUAUUUGACCAGUGCAGUAUGAGUCAAUGCAAUUUUUGGUCUGUUUUCCACAGGGAGAAAUUGUAAAAAAUUGCAAAAUUGCAAAAAAUGCUGGGUUAAAAAAAAAAAAAAAAAAAAAAAAAAAAAGUCGGGUUGAAAAUGGACAAACCCAGUGGUUGAGUUAAAUGUUUUCCC